AUGGACGAAAAAUGGACAAGAGUUGGACGAACGAAUGAUGCGCUGACAUUCCAAUAUCGACGACGUCGUCGUUGUCGAUCGACGACAGCCGCUGCCGACGCAUCGACGACGACGUGCAAUAGCUCGCUGAGCACGGCGAGCAGCAGUUUGGGGAGCACGACGACGGAGACGAGGCGCAAGAAUGCGACAGAGACGCAUUGGCACAAAUGGAACUCGAUUCGACGGAGGCGAUCGUCGCGAUGCAAUCGGAUUCGGCAAUUGGAGCGCGAGAUGAACGCCGAGACGAUGGAGGUGAUGGCGAAGAUCCGCGAAAUGAACAAAAUGAUCCGAUCCAAGUAUGAUUUGCAUUCGAGGAUUGGCACACGUCGAGCCAUCUACUCAUCGACGACGUUCAUCGGAAGUCCGACGGCAUCGGAGAGUCGAAAGAGUCGGAGGAAGAGCUCGAGAUCGACAGAUAGCUCGUCGUCGGAUCGUUCGAAGAUCACGUUCACAACGGCGAGAAGCUUCAAUCUGGUGAAGCCGAAGCGCAGAAAUACGUUGGAUGAGCAGUGCGAUCACACGGGAUUGCCGCUUUCGCAUCCGCUGGCGACGACGCCAUUUCCCGGAAAAUCAUCGGCGGCACAACGGCAGCGAGCACGAGAGCUGCUCAUCUCGAUGGGACGCCAACAGAUGAACUCGGCGGCCGAUGGCGGCAGCGAGAGCCAAUCGACGACGACGACGACCGAAGAGACGAGCGGCGAGAAGGAGCAAAUCGCGGACGCGAGACAGCUCGUCGAGCCGGCCGUGUUUCCGAACAAAUGUUCGCCAGAGAUUCGCCAGAAGGCGAGGGAUUGCCUCCGCGAGCUCGCCACUCACAAAGACGCCGAAAAAAUGUUGCGAUUGUGUUGCUCGUGUUGCUCAAAAUCGCGUGUUUUCAGAACGAACUGCAAUUAUUGCGGAGCUUGCAAGAAUUGCAGCAAAGGGUGCAACGCGAUGCAAUCGAAGGGCGUGGUGGUGACCGACGAGGAUCGGCGAACGUUCGCUCGCACAAUGAGCAAACUGCGCAAGCGCAUUCAGAAUCCGGAGAGCGGACGACAGAGGGCUGUCAAGUCGCCGUUCGACAUCACACAAUCGGCGUCGGAGAAUGAGGCGGCGUCGACGGCGACGAACGACGCAACUGUCGAUUCGGUCAAAUCAUGA